UAACUCAAGACUGUCACGGUAGUUAAAAGGCUCCUAUUUGCAACCAUCAUCGACUCUGUUUUACAUUCUGUUUCCUAGGAAGCACUUCAGCGAUCAACCCUAAAACUACUUUGCUGCUGAAGCCAAAGCGGAAGCAUUGGGGGAGUACGUGGCGGAGAGGGGUUUGUCUGAUACACGCCGGGGUCUGAGGGCUUGGAGUCGGUCACUAUUCAAAUAAAGCGGGCUGUGCCAAAGGGACCUAGUUCCCUCCCCCUGUCCGGUGUCGAGUUUAUAAAUGGGAGUGACGGGUUGAGCUCGGAAUGCUGCUCCGGUUGCGGGGUUCUCUCCGGCAGGUGGUGAAUCAGAUGGCCCGGAGACCUGCAUUGCUGUGCGGAGCCAUCGUGCUGAGCUGCAGCCUGAUUCUUGCAAUAACGUUCACCUGCAGUGAGACGAAGCAGGUCGUGUUACCCGCUCAGCCGCCGGCGCGGUUCUUCUCUCCCGGCGCCCCGGUGGUGGACCUGUACCUCGGGCAGCUGGACGAGGCGGAGUCGCUGCGCAGCGCCUCCGAGGUGUCGCUGCUCUAUUUCUACGCUCCCUGGUGCGGGCAGUCCAUCUCCGCCAGAGGAGAGAUCGAGAAGGUCGCCAGGAAGCUGGCAGACCAGGUGCAGUUUGUAGCUGUGAACUGCUGGUGGAACCAAGGGAAAUGCAGGAAGCAGAAUAACUUCUAUCACUAUCCCGUCAUAUACCUGUAUCACAGAAGGUUUGGCCCCAUUGAGUACAAUGGUCCCAUCACGGCUGCCUACGUGGAGAAGUUCAUUCGCAGGGUGAUCACUCCUCUCCAGUAUGUUCCUUCCCGGGCCGGACUGCAAGACUUCUUGUCUCAUUAUGAGCCAGGGGUUCUGGGGUACUUUGAGUUCAACGCCUCUCCACAGCCCCCUGGGUACCUGACCUUCCUCACCUCGGCUCUGCAGGCUCUCAGGAGAGAUUUCCAGGGUGUCAUGCGUUUCGGGGUGAUAACAAGUAAGCGGGUGGCAAAAGCAAUUUCACUGGACGCUCCCGGGACAGUCUACAUGCACAGACACUUCAACACGUCUCUGACGUUCCCGAGCCACGUGCUGAACUUCACCUCGGAGAACAUCUGCCGCUGGGCCUUGGAGCACCGGGAGCGGCUGGUGCGCUGGCUGCGUCCUCACGGAGGGAAGAGCCGUGCUCUGGAGCAGGAGCUGAGGAAGGGGGCCGCGCUGCUCAUCUUUCUGCCCUUCGACCCGAUGGCCCCCAGCCAGCCCCUUGUAGAGGAGGUGGCAGAGAUUGCUGUGCAGUAUCACAGCUGCAAUGGCUCAUCCUGGCCUAGCUUCAUGGAGCCGGAAGUGUGGGGAAAGCCUGGCUCCCUGAGCAGAGCCCCCUGCUGCAACACGCUGGCUCUCCCGCACUGGCUCUCCGUCUCCAGGACUCAUAAUGUCUGUGAGCUCUGCCUCGACCAGGCCCUCGGGCCCCGGCCUUGCCCCUCCCUGGACUCGCUGUACCUCCGAGAGGACUCCUUCACACAGCCCCUCUCCGGGAAGGUGCAGUGCAGCCACGUACUGAGCUCCUCCUGCCCCCUGGACUACUACACUGCCUGCUGCUGGAGUCUCAGCAAGGGCUCCUCUACACAGCAGGAUAGGCACGCUGCGCUGCCUCACAUUGAGGACCGCGGCUCUGCUUCUGCACACAGCGCUGUCACAGGGCUCAAGUGUAGGACUAACAAGACCCUGAACUUUUACUUGCUGGACUCAGGGCUGCACUGGGAGUUUGCCAGGAGGCUGGGCGCCCCCGAGAACACCAGCAUGAUGGGGUUUGCCACUGUGCUGAACCUUCAGGAUGAGGUGCACCACGUCCUGAACCAGGAGCAGGGCAUUGUGAGAAACACACUGGAGUCCUUCAUUCAGAACUACAGCACCCCCUACAGUCCGCUGCAGAGGCACCUGGUCGGGGAGGCGGCGCGGGAGCCUGUGGGAGAGUCUUUGAUCACCGCGGUGACCACUCAGACAUUCCACAAAGCAGUGAUGGACCCUGAAAAGGACGUCCUUCUCUUCUAUUACACUCAGUGGUGUGGUUUUUGCUCCGCUCUCAAUCACGUCAUCAUCCAGCUGGCCCGUCUCUCCCUGUCCAACCCGAGACUGGCGGUGUGCAGAAUAAAUGCUGCCAAAAAUGAUCUCCCGUGGGAGUUUAUGGUGGACCGUUAUCCAACCAUUCUGUUCUUCCCGAGCGACAGGAAACACCUCAGCGUGAAGUAUCCUGAAGACGCUCCCAUCACCCUCCCCAACCUGGUCCGAUUCGUCCAGCGGCACAGCAGCCCGCUCCGCUCCUCCUCGAGAGAAGGAACCGCUGCUGCAGAAGCGGUCUCCACCAGACAGCAGGGCAGACACACGCCAGGGAGAGUCCGAGAGCAGCGUCACACGCCAGCAGGGAUCCCCUUGUGAAUGAGACUCGAGGGGGAGACGCAGCCAGACUCUUCCCAGCAUCCUCUCAGUUUUACAAUUGGCUGCUGAUGGACAGCACACAUUUUGAUUUUGGAAGAUUUUUUCUCUGGAGAUAAUUGUCAUUUAUGCAAUGUUUUUUCUGUAAUGUUCCAGAACUUGAUGAUGAUGAUGAUAACAUAAUAUACCUAUUUUUACAAGAAGUAUCUGUUCUGUUUAUAACUGUUCAGGUAAAAAAAAAAAAGAAUGAAAUGCUGCAUUUGUUUACACAUUGGAUUUUGCACAGAUUUUUUUUUUUUAUACAAAUGAAACUGUAGGUUAAUUUACUCCGAUUUUGAGAUGUUUGCUUAUCUUCAGCUUUUUGUAAAGAUGAAAGCUACAGAAUAAAUAUCAAUUGCUUAAAAUAAAUGGUGGUGUUGGCAGAACGGUGGAGUAAAGGAAAUAAGAUUUUAUAUUUGUCCAGCAAUGAUUUAAAGCAUGUCCAUUCAGACUUGCAUUUCAUGAGGAACGGACUGUAAUGUAGAACAGAAAUGACUUGCAAGCAUAUGGAAAGUACCUACAAAGUUUUAUUGAGUUACAGAAGGUACAGAAACCCAUGAGAGCAGAUGGAGAGAGACAACAUGUAGCAGAUUACACUCUCGCAACGCAAUCCCAGCACAGGGAACACAGCGCUGCGGAGACUGCCAGCAGGUAAAGGGUUAAUAACGCUGACACACUGAGAAGCCAAUGAAGUUUUCACAUGCACACUUUCCUCAAUGCAGCUUAGACAUGCCCAUUUCACCUACAGCAAUGCUGUCCUCUUGUUCAUGUGUCUCUUAAUGAAAUCUCAUUUCAAAUACAUUCGGGUGAACGACCUUGGCCGUUUUUGCUUUUUAAAAAAGUUCAACAUAAUUGUUAGUAAUCUCACAAAGCAACGGGCAGUCUAAUAGUUUAUCAAUCCUUCAGUAUCAUUGUUCAUGUUCCUCACGAGCGCACAUCAGACAGAUACCUGCCUGUAAAGUUAACCCGAUUUCAUAACCAGUAAAAAAGGCUUCAUUCUCAGUGGGAUCUGCCGGUAAAAAUACAUGCAUAUUUAAAACCUGAAGUCCAAGGAUUGGUUGCUAUUAGCAGGGAUUCAUUUGUUAGUUUAUCUUAGUAA